CACAGGGCAAAGUUUCAAGGGUAAAAAGAACGAUCCAGGAGCGAAGAAGAAGUCCUACGCCGGCCCUACUCAUAUGCCUUUAUCGGUCAACCAGCUUACGAAGAGCAUCUUCCAGUCUGAUCAGCGCUUGGAGCUGCAGCUGCCCACGUUCUCGCCUGAGGCUAUGAAUUACUCUGUCGGAAAGGCCCUGGCGUUCCCGGCUUCGCAGAAUGAAGCUAUGCGUGCGUUCGGUGUUCCGGACAGCGCACUUCGCGACUUCCGGAUACUUUCAAGGCCGUGCUCUGUCGUCAGGGACGUCACUAUCAGCGCACUGAACGUUCUGGACGGUGCUAGCGACAAGUCAAGUCGGGACACUAGACUGAUCAUGACCGGACCGACUGGUUGUGGCAAGAGCUAUCUACUGCUGCAGACAGUAGAAUAUGCAGCACAUAGUGACUGGAUCGUGAUGUACAUCCCGCGAGGAUUGCACCUCGUUGACUCGUCUAAGGACUAUGCCUAUGACGCGCGAACGCGGACAUAUUCUCAGCCAGCGUAUUCCGAUCAGCUGCUCCGCAGGUUCCUUAGUGUCAACGAGCGGCUCAUCGAAACGCUCAAGACUCGGGAGCAUGUCUCGCUGGAAGACGCUCCUGUACCCGCUGGCUCCCCUCUUAGCGAGCUUGUGAAAGCAGGCGUACAGAACCCGGUCAAUGCGCCUGUGGUUCUGGCUGUUCUGAUGGAUGAGUUGUCGCACCAGUCAACAUAUCCUGUGCUGCUCGCCGUAGACGAUAUGCAGGCUAUGUACGGCUACAGUCUGUACCGUGACGCGCACUACCGGCAAAUCAUGGCGCAGCACCUGGCGAUCCCGCGAAUGAUCCUUGAGUACGCGAGCGGCAAGAAGGCUUUCCCGCGUGGUGCGGUCAUGGGAGCAGCAGGCACCCAGCAUACUGCGUUCAAGAUGCCACUCGAGCUGUGCGAGGCCCUUGGUCUACCGCCGCCACGUCCUGCAGGGCCAUACACGAAGCGCUCACCGGAGACUACGGAGUUCGCGCGGGGCCUGAAGAACUUUCCUGUGUCGCCGCGCAUGAGCGUCAGCGAAGCCGCGUCGCUGUUUGAGGUCUGGAUGCAGGACAAGGCGCUGCACACGGGCGAAGUGCGCGUCAACGAUGAGCUGCGAUCUGUGCCAAACGACGAGCUGUUCAUGUCUAAGUAUGCCGAGGCUGACGGGAACCCCAGGGCAUUCGUGCAGAACGGGCUUUUGGCGACACAAAUGACUUUGUAGAUUGGGUCUUAAUGUCGUACUAAUUACUCCCGUCCGCACGCUUCACAGUGCAUCCCGUUUCCACGCGACGUUCUACGGUCCUUUGAUAUCGCAAGUGACAGGGCUAGACUCUCCUGCCGUACCACUGCCACGGUCGCAUGAUAAGGCGGCAUUGCAGGAGAUCAGGACUCGACGGCGUACAAUGUCGUCGAUG